AAUAAAGAAAAAAAAGAGAGCAAGAAAGUCGCACCACAAGAUGACAACAAGCUUUGCAUAAGAAUUUCUCCAUCUCCUCUGCAUGAAUCCCCACCAACUAUUCACCCCCAACUAAUUACAACUUUCCUUCUCUAAUCUCAACCUCCUCAAUCUCCCUCUUCUCCCCCCAUCUUUUCUUCCAAAAUCCAAAUCCAGCUCUUUCAUCAUAAAACAGAGCACAACCAUCAUGUCCAGUACUUCCACCGCUCACAUAGCUGUUCACCAUGAAAACCCUCAGAUCCUGAAGCCAAGAACCGUCGUUAAGAAGGUUUUAGCUAAACAGCAGCAAGAGGGUGCCGGAGCUAUAGUAAGGAGAAGUAUUGGAAGGCCAGACCUUAAGACUCUCGAUCCUUUCCUUCUGCUGGAUUAUGCAACUGUUUCUCCUCCUGCUGGUUUCCCUGAUCAUCCUCAUCGAGCAGGAUUCGAGACUGUGAGCUACGUGUUAGAGGGAGCCAUCACCCACGAAGAUUUUGCUGGUCAUAAGGGAACCAUCGGAGCCGGUGAUCUCCAGUGGAUGACGGCAGGCAGAGGGAUCAUCCACUCUGAGAUGCCGGCCGGCGACGGAGUAAAUAAGGGGCUUCAGCUCUGGGUCAAUCUCUCUUCCAAAGACAAAAUGAUAGAACCAAACUACCAAGAGCUCCAAAGCAAGGACAUAAACAGAGUUCAAAAGGACGGCAUCGACGUCCGCAUAAUAGCAGGAGAAGCAUUCGGUGUGCGCUCCCCCAUCUACACACGAACUCCAACAAUGUUUCUGGAUUUCGCCAUGAAUCCCGGAUCUCAGCUUCACCAACCCAUCACUGAAGGCUGGAACGCCUUCGUCUACAUUAUAGAAGGCGAGGGGGUCUUCGGCCAUGAAAGCUCCUCCACUGCUUUGAGCCACCAUACUUUGAUUUUGAGCGAUGGAGAUGGAGUGAAGGCGUGGAACAAGUCGAGAAGGUCGUUGAGGUUUCUGCUCAUUGCAGGGCAGCCAUUGAAUGAGCCGGUGGUUCAGUAUGGGCCGUUUGUGAUGAAUACGCUUGAAGAGAUAGAGCAGGCUUUUGAGGAUUAUCGGCUUUGUAAGAAUGGGUUUGAGAAGGCCAGAAAUUGGAAGAGGCGGGCAUAGAAGCUCUGUCCAAUGAGUGCAGUCAUGUCAGCGGUAUAGAGCUGCGGUACCGAGCAGUAUCGGACCACGGUACAAUGAAAGGGUGACGUGAUGCUUUCUGGUUGGUCUCAAAAUGGUGUUCGACAUCCAAACAUAAUAAUUUUUCUUGUUCAAGUGGUAGAGUUGGGCAAUGUGUUAGGAGGAAGAGAGAAUUAUAUUAUUAUCUUUUAAAAGGAUGUAAUCAUUUAUUAUCACAUGUUGUUAAUCAUUUGUUAUAAAUUUUAAUGGCUUAAGUUUUAAAUAAAUAAAGUGGUUGAUAA